AUGGCGCCUCCACGGUAUGGCAACCAGUCCAUAAAUGGACCAUAUCAUAUGCAACAGAGUCAUCUCCAAUCUCAUCCGUCCUCACACCAACAUGGUGCCCUCCCACCCCCGGCUCACCUCGGCACUUCAUCCUUUGGUGCCGGGGGUUCCUCCAGCGCAAGUCCUUUUGCGAUGACUGGCAACCUGAAUAAUGGUUUUGACCGGACUAUGCUCGAGGGAAGCCUGCUUCCAAGUCAGAUUCCUCAGAUGGGUUUCACAAGAGGGGGUCCUGUUCAAGGGCACCAAACAUUUGACGGCCUAAGCAAUCCUCUGGACAACAAGGACGAUGCCAGAAUCCGUAACGUCUGGAAGCACAACCUCAGGGAAGAGAUGGACACGCUUAGACGGCUGGUCGACACGUACCCUUAUAUCGCUAUGGAUACUGAGUUUCCCGGAAUCGUUGCUCGACCCAUUGGCCAGUUCACCACAAAAGCAGACUACCACUAUCAGACUCUACGAUGCAAUGUCGAUUUACUGAAAGUGAUUCAGCUUGGAAUUACUCUGUUCAAGUCAGACGGAACACUCCCGCCGCCAGACGCUGAGUCUCCCCAGAGAUCUCAAUUUCAGCCCACCCCAUGCACAUGGCAGUUCAACUUCAAGUUCUCGCUCGAAACAGACAUGUAUGCGCGCGAGUCGACGCAAAUGCUCAUCAAGGCCGGGAUCGACUUCGACAAACACUCCAAACACGGCAUCGAACCCAAUGCUUUCGCCUCUCUAUUGAUCAGCUCGGGCUUGGUGAUGGAUGCCGACGUUCGCUGGAUCAGUUUCCACUCCGGCUACGACUUCGGCUACUUGAUAAAGCUCAUGAUCUGCCAACCUCUCCCUGCAGACGAGGCGCAAUUCCACACGCUCAUCGAGAAAUUCUUCCCUGCGCUCUUCGAUAUCAAAUUCAUUCUCAAGCACGCUGGCGCAAAGGGGCAGAUCAACAGUGGCCAGCCUUUAACUCAAGAAGCAGCAAUGAUGGUGCAACGCACCAUGACCAAGUCGGGUCUUCAAGAUAUUGCGGAAGAACUGGGUGUAGCGCGGAUCGGUCAGGCACAUCAAGCGGGCUCUGACUCACUGCUUACCGGUCAGGUCUACUUCAAGAUGCGGGAGAAGAUCUUCAGUGGAACUAUCGAGGAGGACAAAUAUCGGUCACAAGUGUGGGGUCUGAACGCACAGAUGCCUGUAACCGGUACCGGCGCAGGCGGCCAAGGGACAUCGCGGGACUUCAGCACACCUCAUAUGAACGGAGCUACUUUUUACAACCAGAAUGGAACACCUACCACACCGCAGACUGGCAACAUCGGCAUGUCAGGCGGAGGACAGGGUGGCGGAGGGCCUUCAUCACACACCCCCGUUCCUUCACAGAACCUUAUGGGAGCUAUGACUCCUGGUGGAUUCGGCAACUUCCAAUAUCAGAGGCAGUCCACUUAG